AUGGACUCUUUAUUGUCGGCAGGCGCCUUGAUGGUCUUCUUAUGCGUUGUCAGUGAAGGAGCUGCAGUCAAAGUAUGUUAUUUUGAGCAAGAGCCGGAUCAUCACGGCAAGCUCAGAUGGGUGAUGCCGGGUAGCCAUCAAGAACGGUGUUCUUGCGCCGUUAUAUUACCAGGGGGUGUAAACGCCAUGGCACCAAACAGACAUGUUGAGCCAUACUACACUGAUCAACCUAUGUUUACUGACGACGUAGAGAUGAUUCAUGAUUAUUUUAACUGCCAUUAUGAUGAACCCAAGGACUGCCAGGAGUUGUUGGAUGCCGGUAACACUGAGAGUGGUGUCUACACUAUCUACUUGCCCAACAACCAGCCAGAGGUGCUGGACGUUUACUGUGACAUGGACGGUACUACGGGCUGGCUGGUGUUUCAGAGACGUCUGAAUGGAUCUGUGAAUUUCACGCGUAACUGGAGUGAGUACAAGAGAGGCUUUGGGAACCUUCCAGGGGAGUUCUGGCUUGGUAAUGAGGCAGUCCGUCUUCUGACUGGUCAAGCUGAGUCCAAAUGGACUAUCCGUGUGAAUCUCACAGAUGAAACGGGCGUAAAAGGCUCUUUGACGAAAUCUCAAUUCCGUGUUAGUGGAGAGUUUUACAACAUCAGUGUUGGGACUUCAGGAAUGGGACCAAUUGGUAAAUAA